UCUGUUGUUAGCAUUUACAAAUGGAAAGGUGGAAAUAAAGUCUCCCUGACAGAAUUCAGAGUCCCGCACUGACGAGACUUGACGAGCACACACAGGACUCUAAGCUGCAUCACUGGACCAGAGUGGAGCAUCUGUACGUCUACAGAGUGUCACUGGGCGACAAUAACCCUGAGCACAGAGGUAUAGGCUUCUUAGAGCUUUUCCUGGAGCCUCUCCUCACUGACCUGAACCCUGUCAUGAUAGCUUCAAUGCUGCCGGACAUUCCAGUGGUUCUUGAGACUGGCAGGAGCAUCAAACUGCUAGCCAUCUUGGAAAAAUGGAACGACACGUCUGGCUUUCACACAGACAACACUGUGAUGUGCCUGUUGCUUAUGCUUUCCAAGUUUGGAAUGGACACAGUGGUCUUUCUCCUAUGCACCGGGAAGCUGUAUACCUCCUUCUUAAACAUGUGCAGCCUGUCCAUCGUCCUCGGUGACAUGGCGAUGGUGCUCUACGUGACAGCUGUGUGGUUACUCGGGCCUGAAAGUUCUCCUGUGUCACUUUGCUACUUUUUGGCUCACGCCUCAACAGCGUUUAAAGCCCUGCCUCUGCCCAUGAUUGUCAUGGGUAUAACUGACUACUGUAUUGAAGAUACCCACCAUGCCAAUAAGAGCUUCUUAUUCAAAUUCCUCAGGAACGUGGUACUGACAUUGCUGGUGUGGAUGCUUGCUGUUAUUUACUCCGUUGCUUCUACAAAGGUUGAGCUGAUGGAACUGGUUUAUAUGACAGGCAUAAAGGCUUUGGUGUGUGAAGUAAAGGAGUCCACAUUUAUUAACUUCUUCAUUUUGGGGCUUUUCUCUGCAGUAAUUUUGAUGAUGCUCCCCUUUUCAACAAGCAUUCCCAUGUGGGUGAGGGAGGCUGCAAGGUUGUCUAAAUCAAGGGAGGAACAAGAUAACCAGAGGAGCGACUUGUUCACAUCAACAUCAUCCACAGAAACAAAAGGCAGUAAGGAAAAUGAUGUGGGGGAGAACAACUGGCUACGCCCACCUCUGGGCCACAGUCUAAUUCUGGGCUUUGCUUUAAUUUGGAUGCCUUAUCUCGCAGUGUGUGUGGCUUGUCUGGCCUUUGACUUUACAGUGCCUGCCCACAUCAGUGUUAACGUAUAUUGGCUCGAGUGCACCAACAGUUUACUGGUGGGAGUGGUGUUCUGGGUAAAGAGCAAGUCACUUGGGCCAUACAGCAAUCUACCUGAAAAUGUAUGCGCAUGGCAUGUUUACUGGAAUUUGAGUAAAGGAACAUGGCAGCAGCCUCUCCCUACAGCUGUGUUUAAUCCAUCAGAAGAGAAGAGAAACACUAUUUUCUACAUCUGACAUAAAAUAUUCGACAAUAAAUGUUUUACAUCACAGAACUGACAGCAGAAGUGAAAACCAUGAAAUAGGGAAGCUAAUCAAGAAUUGUCUGUGUACACUACAAUUUGUUUGCAUAUGUGAAUAUGUUGAUCAUGAAAACUCCAUUUACCAUAUAUAGUGAUAGAUAAUGAACCCUGCCUUGAUUUAGGACCUACACUGCAGCCAGCCACCUUUAAAGCUUUUGGGAAGCAGUGUCUUCAUCCAUCUCUUUAGCACAUGGACAAGUUUCCUAAUUAAGCAUGACAUGUGCGUAGUUAACAAAAUAAACUCUUGAGGAGCAAACUUUUGUAAAUAUUUACAGAAAUCACUAUAAAUUUGAUAUUCUCUAACUUUUCAUGUUUAUAUAUUUGCACAGCUUUAAAGCUGAUUUAUUAUCUUAAGGUGAUUUUAUACUUUGGGGAAAAUGUACUGUUAAUGAUAUGUUAUUAUGACUUCCUUAAACUGGCAUGUCUAAAUAAA